UCGUGGACGGUAGAGGCGGCAGCGAACUAGAGCCCGCGUCGCAGUUCGCGGCCACGUAGAGGCCGGGCGAGCCCGGGCACCGGGACCCAGCCCAGGCUCGGCGAGCAGCUCUGCGCGCGGCUGGGGUCAUGGUAUACUGAAAAAGCACUCGAGAAAUCUGGGGGGAGCUGGAAACUAUCAAGUUAUUGAGGCCACACAGGGGGCAGAAAAGACAGAGGAAAAAAAGAUUUAUCAAAAUUUCUUGCUAAACCUGACUUAGAAAUAGCAGCAUAUUUUAAUCAGAGAUUUCCCCUGGGCCACAGACCACCAUGGAUGUGCACCUCGAUAACCCUGGGGGUCAGGAGAGCACAAGCAACAGCGGCAAGGAAAGCAGCAGCACAGGAAACCAGCAAGAUGUUGCUAUGAGGACAGAUUCAUCAAAAAUGACGGAUGUGGAGCCUAUGGUCAACAAUUUUGCAUCAUCAGCAAGGGCAGGCCGCCGGAAUGCUCUACCAGACAUCCAGGGUUCAGCUGCCACGGGUGGAACCUCAGAGUUGCCCCUCAAACCGGAGGUCCUCUCCGUGAAGGAAGAUGUGAAAAAGAAAGAUAAAGAAACAGCACAAGACCAAUUGGAAAAGCCCAAAGAUGAAGGAAAAUGAAGGCUCAUUACCUAUCAAAAGUGCUGAAUUUCUGCACCUUGAAAGACUUAGUGGCUCUGCUUUCCUGAGAUGUUUGAUCUGGUAGUAACUAUGGUAACAUUGCUGCCCUAAGCAACGUGUGUGUACUAGAUAAUUUUGUUGUGACACUGCUCACUUGGAUUGCAACCGUGAUGUCCAGUGUAGGUUAUUAAAAGGCAGAUUACUACCGAAUUGCACCCAAGAGAGAGGUUAAGAAUGCAUGGUCACUUAAAUACACAUCAUUGUCAAUAAACCCAACAAACUCCAACGUUCUCUUUUGGAUUUCUUUAGCCAGAUAUAUUUUUAAUUCCAUUUGUAUGGUGAUGGGUAAACCACUUCUUGGUAAAUAGGAGCCAAACACUAUUAAUUUAAAACUUCAUGGGAUUUGUAGGAAAUUGUGGUUUUGGUGAGAAAGAAUGAUAGAAUAGUAAAAAAUGCAUCAGUAAAAGUAUGUUUGUUUUUAUCCAAAAAUGCACCAUUUUUUUCUCCAACCUUACAAAGAUUUGGAAAAGUAGUAAAAUUUGACAACUCAGACAUCUCUAGGAAGUUUUUGUUUGAUGUAUUUUGCUUCUAGUCUCUGCAUACUGAUUUUUCAUGUGGACUCUUAAAAUGGAAAAUUUGUGGUGAGUAGUUUAUAUGGAAUAUGCCUAUUAAAUGAAUCUCGCGAUCUUCCUUAACUUCAGUGUGUGUGUGUGUGCAUAUAUUUUUCUUUAAUGUGAAUUACACAAAACACUUUACUAGUUGCUUUAUACUGUCCUUUCUUAUUGUUAGGGCUUAUGUGUAUGUGACUUGUUUCUAAAAUAAUUUCCUCAGGAAUGCAGACAUUAAUUUUUAUAUCUUUCCUAAACUAGCUAACAUAAUAGUAAGCACUUAAGUAUUUAGUGAAUGGUAUAGGUAGAAAUAGCAAAAUACUUGCUUUUAAUAUUUAUUUAAGUAUAUAUUUUAAAAGGAAUGAAACCAAAACCAAAGCUUUAGUAAAUUUUGAUUUAUUAGACAUUUUAGGAAAAUCAUAGAAUUCUGAAUUUUUAAAGAAAAUCUGACUAAUGAAUUUAUUUUUAUUUUCAGAUAUAUAUGCAUGCCAUAUUUUAUUUGAUUGUUGAUUUAGACCAUGUCUGUAUACAGUAAUCAAAUAAACUCUUUCACUAU